GCCGCGCCCCCAAGAUGGCGGCGCCGAGAGAGGGAGCGGGUGGGGAUAGGGGCGGCUGUUGUUAUAAAGCUUUGUUGCUGCCGCCGUCGCCCGCCGUGUCCGCCGCGCCGCGCCGCGCCGCGCCCAAUAAAGAAGUACUGAGGAGCGUAACAUCUCUGCUUUGAGGUGAUGUGAAGACCAUCUGUGAUCUUCUCCUGGUGAUUGAAAAACAAGUUUCAUAGCACUUCAUCUUUAAAGCCCAAGGGAGCUCUUGGCUGAGCAGGAGAGCUCUCCUGCAUGGCUGGGAUCCACCAACCAUGUUGUUCAGCCUUCUGUAGCUCUGGGAUGAGGUGAUGUUUCUUCAAUUCUUCUGUCUUCCCACAGUCACCACAGGCAGUGUCACGCAGAAGGACAGCUGGGGUCCUGCCUACCUGUGGACAUGAAGUCCUGCGUCCCACAAAAGCUGAGCUCCAGAGGGGUUGGUGCCUUGAAGAAGUGAGAUGUCAGCUCAGCCUGUGCCCAGCAUCUGCUCGUGUCGUGAUUUGGUACAAGUUGGGAGUUGCUCUGAGCCUGAUUUCAUGUGAGGCAGAGCUUCGAGAUUGAGAAAAAUGCUCCAGGAUCCAUUUCCUUUUCAUUAUCUGGGGUUUGUGAAAGCAGUGUGGAGACCAAGGCAAGAAGAGGCCAGUAGAUGCCAUGGAGCUUCCCAGUUACAGCUGGAAGCUGCUGCCCCAGUUGUACGCUCUCUGCAACUGCACCAUCCUCAUUGGGAACAUGCAUUUUAGAGCACAUGAGGUGGUUUUGGCUGCUGCCACCCUGCUGUUUAAAUCCCUGUUGAACAGCACAGACACCAUCUCCAUCGAUGCUUCUGUGGUGACUCCUGAGGAGUUUGCACUCUUACUUCAGAUGAUGUACAAUGGCAAACUCCCACUGGGGAAACACAGUUUCACCAAAGUUAUCUCCAUGGCAGAUAGUCUGCAGAUGUUUGAUGUGGCUGUAAGUCGCAAAAACCUCCUCAGAGAUCUCAUGAGCUGUUCUGCUCAGGACCAGGUAGUGAGAGGAGUCUCCAGCCAGGAAGCAGAUUCAUCUGGAAACCAGGCUGAAGCUAAUUACUUGCCCCAGUCUGGAAGACCCGAUCAAGAAAAAACAUUUGUCAUCCUCACUCAGAGAGUUUCUCCUUUACCUGGCCCUGUAGAAGCAGAAAUGGAAGCAGGUGUUUCUCCUUCUGGCCAGGAACUUACUGUGAAUCAUACCUAGGCUCACCAGGACACAAUGUUGAGUGACUCCAGGUCCCUCCAGGAGGAUUCAGGCUCUGGCCCUGAUCAGCCUGCCCACGCUGAGUGGAGUAGCUGUGUGGAAGAGGAGCUUGCUGAGUCUCCAGAGGGGAAAGGGCGAUCGAGGGAUUUAGCAGCAGAGAGCAAAAGCUGUAAACUGGAUUCCUUUGUUUGAUAUGAAAGUGUUUUUUCUGAGGCUCUUUCUGAUGCCCAGGCUGUGCUGAAAAGACUAGAAGAAUGCAGAGAAAUUGAUGCCUCUCAAAAGGAGGCACGCUGCUGUGAGUGGGAAGAGCUGGGACUGCUGCAGUUUCCCCUCUGUGGAGUCGUUGCAAUAGGUCAUUGCAGUGCCCUGCUGAUUCUGCUUGUUGUGUCUGUCUGUAUAGGGCAGUCGACUCUGUUCUCUAAACCUACUUCCUGCAUUUCUGUUCUGCUGUACGCUCUGGCUGCCUGUCUGGCCAAAGCAGAGAAACAGUCAGUGUUCAAGGAGCUGCUGGGCAAAGUGAAGGAUGCUAGGUCCCAGGAUGCUCACGCCCAGGAUAGUGACACUCGGCCCCUGGACACUCAGACCCUUGUGUCUUUUCUGAAGCUGUUUCAAGACACGAAUCCUGAGCUGAGAGUGGCUUUGCUGGAGAGGGAACACAGCAGCAGAGAAGCCCCACACUAAGCAGAGAGCACAGCCAGGGAAGAGAUGUUGACCGCUCUCUUGCUGUGUUACAGGGGGGAGCUGAUCCAGAGUGUGACACAACUGAGCCCCAUCAUAGAGUUUCUGGAGGCAGUAGAAGAGGCAUUCCUGACCGCCUCGGAGAAGCGGGUAGUUUUGGAUUGCUGUGAAGGUGGCUCUCAGAGGGAAGCCAUGGACAAUCUGGUCAGGAAGGUGAAUGAAGAGAAAACCCUGAAAGUGGAAAGCUUGGUCAAACUUCUGGAGGCUGUGAAAGCAUCGUUCCCUGGACUCCAGCUUCUGUAGGACAACUUGGUGGCAACAGCAAACAUCUCUGAUGGUAAAGUGGCCACCAGUGAGAGCACAGCCAGUGAGAUCAUCCUGCAGCACGGCAAACUGAUCUCAGAAGCCAUCCAGCAGAAAGAGGACCUGAGGCUUGGCUCCGGAGAGGCAGGGCUCAGGGAACAAGUGAAAGAGCUACUGAGUAUUUCUGCUCAGACUGAAAGUUCAGAGGCCUCUUUGAAAGCAGCUCUCUGCACAGCCCAGGGGAAGUCUGUCCCAGCCAUCAAGAUCUGCCACCUGCUGUGCAGUGUCCAAGAGUCCUUCCCAGACCUGCAGCCAGUGAUGCAGGAGCUGGGCCGUGUGGGUCUGUUGACUGAGGGAAGAGGGGAGAAACCUGGGAUCAGGAGGUGGACGGUGAACAAUGAAUCCCAGCUUGAAGCUCUGGACAAAGAUGAGGACAAGGUGGGAGGUGCCAGUGCCAAAGAGGCAAAGGAAUCCCAAGACAAAGCUUCUUCCAAGAAGAGUUUUGUCUGCAAAGCCUGUGAUAAGGUCUUCCACUUCUACUGCUGCCUGAAGGUGCACAUGAAAUGCUGUCGGGUGGCCAGAGGAAAGCAGAUCCAGUGUAAAGAGCACAGCGAGGUCAAAUCGACAAAGAAGGAGCUGGAGAAGCAUCAGCUGGAGGUCCAUGGGAUGGUGGGGAUGGCCAAGAAGAAGAAGAAGAGCAUCCCUGUAGCAUGUGACAUCUGUGGAGAGUUUGCUCAUGCCUCAGGGAUGCAGUACCACAAGUGACAGAAUACCUUGAUGAGAAGCCCUUCUCCUUCCAGGAGUGGGGGGGCCAAGUUCGCGGCCAACUCCACGCUGAAGAACCACCUGCGGCUGCACACAGGGGAUGGGCCCUUCGUGUGCAAGCACUGCUUGAUAACCUUCAGGCAGGCCUCGGCCCUUGCCUACCACACCAAGAAAGAAGCAUCUGCAGGGAAGGUGUAUUCCUGCCAGUGCUGUGACACUGUGUUCACCCAGUCCAUUGAGCUGUUGCGCCACGUUUGCGCCCACACCGGGGACAAGCCCUAUGUCUGCUGGGAGUGCAGGAAAGGCUUUCACCAGGCCAACGGGCUCUCCAUCCACCUCCAGACCUUCCACAACAUUGAAGAUCCCUAUGACUGCAGGAAGUACCAGAUGAGCUUUGCCACCCUGCAGGAACACCGCAAGCAUGUUCGUGAAGCCCAUUCCCAGGGAUACCACCCCUGCCGUACCUGCUCCAAAAUCUUCAGUGCCCCAUCGCUCCUGGAGUGCCACAUGGUGUUGGGUUCACCCUUUACCGGUGAAAUGUGUAACAAGGCUUACCAGCAGUUGUCAGGGUUAUGGUAUCACAACACGACCCACCACCCUGAUGUCUUUGCAGCUCAGAAUCACCAGUCCUCCAAGUUCUCCUCUGUGCAGUGCGGCUGCUGCGACAAAACCUUCAUCAGCACUGCUGCUCACUGAAAGCAUGUCGAGGCAGAGCACACAGAUGUGAAGUUCCACGAGUGUGAGUCGUGCAAGGAGCUGUUCCCCACGCUGGCUCUCCUGCAGGUUCACAUGAAGUACAGGCACUCAGGUUCUCAGCUGUUCCGCUGCUUGUACUGCUCCAUGGCCUUCCGCUCCCCGGGGGUCUUGCAGAGCCACAUUACCAGCCAGCACAUCACACAGACAGACAGCACCUUCACCUGUGAGCUCUCUGGGGAGCUCUUCCCCUCCCAGGGCAAGCUGGAGGGGCACCUCAGCACUGAGCAUCCCAAGGUGGCCUUCUCUCAAGCCACCACGGCCCAGAUUGUGCAGGUGACUCAGACAUUGGAGCAAGAAGCAGCAGAGCACAUCAUCUCUUCUGAUGAUGCCAAACCUAUGAUGUUGCCCAAAUCCCAAGUGAGCCAAACUGGCUCUGAGCUGGUGGCAGUGACUAUGGAGGACUUGUCUGAGACAGUCACUUUGAUUUGUGAAGAAAUCAAGUGAGGAACAGUGGAGGGUGCCUGUGCCUGGCACCUGGUAUCCACUAGGCUUGUUCAGGAACUCAGUGUACUGCUCCACCUGGGAGAUCCAGGGUUUCUUUGGGAAAGCAAUCCCAGGCAUGCAGCAAGCACAGCAUGGCCACAGGACAGGAGAGGUUCAUUCACUGCCUGGGAAGCCUCUCUGCAGUCAGCCACUGGUAGACUACUACACAUGAGAAAUAAAGCAGCAGAGGAAAAGAUGGGAAUCGGGUGUAAUUCUCCGCUGCUGUGAACAGACAGGUGGAAAGAUCUGCUGCUUGCCCAGAAGUGAGGGAUGGCGGUGGUGGAAGCACAGUGGCAGUUUGGAUAUUCCUUCAAGCUUCUUGUGGGGUAGAGCAGGAGGAGAAUGGGUACCAGUGGUCUGAAAACCUUCCUUGUGAUUUGGACAAGCCUUGGCAGCCCCAGAUGAUGCUGAUGUCCUGGCAAAUUUUAUUAUUGAUCUGGCAGGCUGCCAGCAUGAUCCCAGUGAAUUGAGGCACUGGAAAAGGGAAGUGAUGUCUCCAACAGCCUCCAUCCAGCUCAGCAAACCUGAGUGCCCUUUCACAGCACAGACAUGAGAUGCUUCAGCAGCCAGAGGGACUUUCCCAAAUUUUGGUGGUUUGCUGCAGACAGUGAAAUCUGAGGCAUGUCCCCGGGAGAUGGGCUUGGUAACCUUCUGUCCUGGGGAGGAGCAGGCUGGCUGAUGGGCGCUCACUGCCUCUCCAGCUUCAAUUUAUGUGCCUGAGCCCCCAGCACCAUCAGCUGCAUGGGGCCUUCUUCAGUAAGUCACCACAAUUCCUGAUUUCCUGUGUUAGCACAGUAAUUCAUUUUAUUGGGAGCAGAAGCUCUCGCUUUUCCUUCCCCGCACCAUUUAUGAUCAUUCAAAGCAGGAAAUCUACCCAGACUUCUAAUCAUGUUAAGCAAACCUGAUAAAGUGUAGUUCUUAGUCGAUAUAAUAGCAGACACAUGGAUGCUUUGUACAAUUUGUGGUACAGAGCUCUCAUCUGCAAUGGGAGUGGGGCUGGGACACACCCAUGGGUCGGGCUAUGGCACUGGUUUCUGUGACCUGCAAGGAAACAGAAAGCCCUUGCUGAGACAGAGGCUGAAGGAGCAGUAAGGAGCAGUAGGAUCCGAAUUGCCCAGCACAUGGGCACAGUUGAGCAGCUCAGCACUGCUAAAUGUCAGGCCAUGUGCCUGGGAAGAAGCAACGCUGGCUGCAUGGGGACAGGAGGGGACUGGUCAGGGUGCAUGACAGCGUCCUGAGGGUUGCUGGUCAGAACUGGAGGCGUGCAGAGCCCUGAGUGAUGUUUGGGGGCUUUAGGAGCUGCUUUUGGCAGGUCAGAAGGCAUUCCCUGCUGCCCCUGCUCUGAGCGUUGCUGUAAUGACGUGUCAUUGCCUACAGCUGCUCACCCAUGGCAGCAUGUGACCUGUAAAUGAUGAACUGGAGGCUGUGCAGGAAACAAGUACCAGCAUGAGCCAAGAGGUGGGAAAUCUGCCAUCGAGCACAAGGGUGAAGGAGCUCACACUGCUUGCUGUGGCUGAGGAGUGAACUGGUGGCAGCCUUCACCCCUGUGAUGGUGCUCGCUGCCAUCUCUGCUCUCUGGCAAGUGCUGAAGGGCAUCAACACUAGUCAGGGCCCAUCUGUGCAGAGCACAAAUGCUUAGAUUUGCCUUAUUUCCCUUGUCUUGGACACCCUGGAGAUGCUCAGCAUUGCAGGCAGUCCAGACAGUGACCUUUCCACUUCUAAACAGGAGCAGUCAGUCCCUGUCUUGCUCCCAGGGAGCUCAGGGUCAAGUUUGUUGGCCUAUAUUCCUUCAUCCCAUGGGUCAGGGAUGCUUAGAGCCCUGCAGCAUAUGGAAAGCUCUUCUCUGUGCCUCCCAGACCUUUUCCUGCUGGCCCCAGAGCCUCCUGCUGUUGAGGAGGGCUGGCCAGGAUGGGUCUGGUGUGCACAUCCUCGCUAGCAGCACAAAGGAGCUGCCAACAAAUGAGUCUGUCUGGAUAGAUUAGAUGUAGCUUGGGACUGUGCAAAAUUGUCUCAGCCCACAGGUCUUCCACCCGCUGGAGGCUUCUUGCUGGAGAUGGAGUUUGCCCUCCUCCUCUUGGCUGAGAUAAGGUGAGUAGAGCCCUGCCUCAGGUUUCAGGCUGCCUGGGGAGAUAAUCCAUGCCCCUCCAGCUGUGCUGAACCUGCUGGUGGGUGUGAUGAUGUCUUUCCCUGACAUGUGAAUCUGUCUUUCUCUGCCCAAGGAGGCCAAGGCCAUAUGUCACCUACUCGAUGACCUUGGCCUUCUGGCCAGCACUUUGGUAGGGAAGAGUUGAGCUCCAGCCCUCACCAGCCACCCUUGUCCCUUCCUUUUGCUGUCCUUCACCUGGACAAGGUCUCCCUGCAGGCUCACCCCAGCCCUCCACCCACCUUUCCGUGGUCUGCCAUCACCCAGGCCUGCUUCCCAAAGCUCAUCCUGUGGAGGUGGCACCUCUUGACAUAUGCCUGCCCGUGCUCUGCUCUCUGUAGAGACUGGAAAGUCUACAGCUGUAGGUAAAUAAUUCCCAUUCUGGCCUUCUGCAGGAGUCACAAGGAAGGCUCUGUGCUGGGUAGAUGGGUGGGAUGGCUGGAAGGAUCCCUUGGGAAUUACAAGUGUGGGGGUUGUUCUCUUUAUCCAACUUGUGUUCUUUUUAUAUUUUCCAGCUCAGAGGGUCCAGUGAGACAUUGCUUAGAGCGGAGCUGCCCGAUCAGUUGAUCUUAAUGCCACACUAACAUCACCUUGGUUCAGUACAUAGCACUUCAGACCUGAAGUUGUUUCUUUUGUCUCUGAGCAUUAUUCAAGUUGUUAUUAUUGAGCUGUCCAGUAGACACAGGGCUUUCUCCAGUGGGGUUAUAGAUGAUGGUGAGUUUGGUGGUACUCAGGAGCAGGUCACAUGAUCCCCAUGGUGAGGGUGAACUCCUAUUUAUCAACACUGCGUUCCCCUUGCCACACAGCCAGUCUCUGUGAGCAGUGAAUUCCCUCCACAGCUCCCUCCAGCCUCUCACAUGGACUAACCCAGAUAAUCCUUUGCUAUCUGCCACAUCUCAGUAGAUCUAUUAAACACACACGAGUUCUCGUGUCCUUGUGUGUAACCAGGAUAUGCUGAAAGAUUUCAAAUCUCUCAGUGUAGGAUUCUAUCAAAGUUUCUGUCAACGUCUAAAUAAAUGCACCCCUUUUACUCAUGUA